AAACAUGGCGUCGUGAAGGCGCAGGUUUGUUUUUCCUGGGUGGAAGUUAUGUUGAAGUGCGUUAACCGAGCGGCCCAGUUACCGAGCUCCCUCCCGUCCGCAGCCGCCGGUUUCUGUCUCAACAAAGGGUUUAGGCUGGUGUCAUCCUUGCCACUCAGAAUGACUGACCCGGCUGUGAACAGGGUGGUUAGUGAAAUCAUUCGCUCCCCAGAGGACAAGCGGGUUUACCGGGGCCUGGAGUUUACCAACGGCCUGAAAGCUAUGCUCAUCAGUGACCCAACAACAGACAAAUCAUCAGCUGCUUUGGAUGUCCAAAUAGGUUCAUUAUCGGACCCAGGGAACAUCUCGGGCCUGGCGCACUUCUGUGAGCACAUGCUGUUCCUGGGAACAAAGAAGUACCCCAAGGAGAACGAGUACAGCCAGUUCCUCAGCGAGCACGCAGGCAGUUCCAAUGCCUUCACCAGUGGAGAGCAUACCAACUAUUACUUUGACGUGUCCCAUGAGCACUUGCAAGGAGCACUAGAUAGGUUUGCCCAAUUCUUCCUGUGCCCACUGUUUGAUGAGAGCUGUAAGGACCGGGAGGUGAAUGCUGUGGACUCUGAGCAUGAGAAGAACCUGAUGAAUGAUGCCUGGAGGCUGUUUCAGUUGGAGAAGGCCACAGGCAACCCUAACCAUCCCUUCAGUAAAUUUGGAACAGGUAACAAAUUGACGCUUGAGACCCGACCGUCUAAAGAUGGGAUUGACAUCCGUCAGGAGCUCCUGCAGUUUCAUUCUACGUACUACUCCUCCAACCUCAUGGGACUCUGUGUGUUAGGGAGAGAAUCAUUAGAUGAUUUGACGUCCAUGGUGGUUAACCUAUUUGGAGAAGUGGAGAACAAGAACGUUCCUAUCCCAGAAUUCCCUGAGCACCCGUUCCAGGAAGAACACCUCAAACAAUUCUACAAAGUGGUUCCCAUUAAAGACAUCAGGAACCUCUAUGUGACCUUCCCCAUCCCAGACCUACAGAAGUAUUACAAAUCUAACCCAGGACAUUAUCUGGGACACCUCAUUGGUCACGAAGGACCCGGAAGUUUGUUAUCUGAGCUAAAAUCUAAAGGCUGGGUGAACACACUUGUUGGAGGUCAGAAAGAAGGAGCCAGAGGAUUCAUGUUCUUCAUCAUCAACGUGGAUUUGACCGAGGAGGGCCUCUUGCACGUUGAGGACAUCAUCUUCCACAUGUUCCAGUAUAUCCAGAAACUGCGUACCGAGGGACCUCAGGAGUGGGUGUUCGAGGAGUGCAAGGAUUUAAACAAAGUGGCUUUCAGGUUCAAGGACAAGGAACGACCCCGUGGCUACACUUCCAAAGUGGCUGGUUUACUACACUACUACCCUCUUGAAGAGGUCCUAGCAGCAGAGUACCUUUUGGAGGACUUCAGGCCAGAUCUGAUUGAGAUGGUGCUGGAUAAGCUGAGACCAGAACAUGUCAGAGUUGCAGUGGUGUCAAAGUCAUUUGAAGGACAAACCGACAAGACAGAAGAGUGGUAUGGCACGCAGUACAAACAGGAGGCCAUCACUGAAGAGACCCUCAUGAAAUGGGCAAGUGCAGACCUCAACGGAAAGUUCAAAUUACCCAUGAAAAACGAGUUCAUCCCGACCAACUUUGAGAUCUACCCUCUUGAGAAAGACUCUCCAUCAGUCCCCACUUUAAUCAAGGACACGGCUAUGAGCAAGGUGUGGUUCAAGCAGGAUGACAAGUUCUUCCUGCCCAAGGCAUGCCUGAACUUUGAGUUCUUCAGUCGCUACCUAUACGCAGAUCCCCUGCACUGCAACAUGACCUACUUGUUGCUCAGGUUACUGAAGGAUGAUUUAAAAGAGUAUACAUAUGCAGCCCGUCUGGCCGGGCUGGUGUAUGGCGUAGCCUCAGGGAUGAAUGCCAUCCUCCUUUCCGUUAAAGGUUACAGUGACAAACAGCACAUCUUGCUGAAGAAGAUCAUUGAGAAGAUGGCCACCUUUGAGAUAGAUGAGAAGCGCUUUGACAUCAUCAAAGAAGCGUACAUGAGGUCUUUGAAUAACUUCAGAGCCGAGCAGCCUCACCAGCACGCCAUGUACUACCUCCGUCUACUAAUGACCGAGGUUGCUUGGACCAAAGAUGAGCUCAGAGAGGCUCUGGAUGAUGUAACUCUCCCACGCCUCAAGGCCUUCAUACCUCAGCUAUUGUCACGGUUACAUAUUGAAACCCUUCUCCAUGGCAACAUCACCAAGGAGUCUGCUCUUGGCAUGAUGCAAAUGGUGGAGGACACGCUCAUUGAGCACGCUCACACAAAGCCCCUCCUCCCGAGCCAACUGAUUCGCUACAGAGAGGUGCAGGUUCCCGACGGUGGCUGGUAUGUUUACCAGCAGAGGAACGAGGUGCACAACAAUUGUGGCAUUGAGAUCUACUAUCAGACAGAUAUGCAGACCACCCACGACAACAUGCUCCUGGAGCUCUUCUGUCAGAUCAUCUCUGAGCCCUGCUUCAACACACUGAGAACCAAAGAACAGCUGGGCUACAUAGUGUUCAGUGGGCCCCGGCGGGCUAACGGAGUGCAAGGCUUGCGCUUCAUCAUCCAAUCGGAGAAGGCCCCCCACUACCUGGAGAGCCGCGUGGAAGCUUUCCUCUGCACCAUGGAGAAGGCUGUGGAGGAGAUGAGCGAGGAAGCCUUCCAGAAACACAUCCAGGCCCUGGCCAUCCGCCGCCUGGACAAGCCGAAGAAGCUGUCUGCUGAGUGUGCCAAGUACUGGGGAGAGAUCAUCUCUCAACAGUAUAAUUUUGACAGAGAUAACAUUGAAGUGGCCUAUCUGAAGACGCUGACAAAAGAAAACGUCAUGCAGUUCUACAGAGAUCGUCUGACAGUCGAAGCCCCGAAGAGACACAAGGUGUCCGUGCACGUCCUGUCCAGAGAGAUGGACUCCUGUCCAAUAGUUGGAGAGUUCCCCGCUCAGAACGAUGUCAACCUGGCCCCAGCUCCUUCCCUGCCACAGCCCACGUUGGUUCAGGACAUGACGGAGUUCAAGAGGAGCCUGCCGCUCUUCCCCCUGGUCAAGCCUCACAUCAACUUCAUGGCCGCCAAACUGUGAGCGAGGCCGGCAGGUCGACACGCAGCAGCAUGGGGGCCGCCGGGAUGGGGGGGUGGUGGAGGGCGACCGCGAGGGACCCCGCUGUGUUUCCCACCUACACCCACCCUGUCAGGAAGACUUUCAUCUGACCGAGCCUGCAUUAGCGUGCGUGUGUGUGUGUGUUUGCGUGGGUGCAUGUGAAUACGUGUGUGUGUGCACGUGUGGCAGGCUGGAGCCACUAGAAGAGAUGCUUGGAAACAAAUGCGUGUAUUUGAAUCACAAAAAGUUAGCCGUGGUUGUCGACGUAGCUGUGAUGACGAUUAGAGGUCGCACCAGACUCCCCUCGUGGUAUAAAAGUCUCUGAAGGGAGACGCAGCACUCACGCAUCACAGUCCUGUGGCUGUUGUAGAGGAAGUAGAAACAACGUAAAAAAAAAAAUAAAUAAAUAAAAAAAGACAAGGGCCAGAUCCCUUUUAAGAUGAGUUUAAGUAUACUGCAGAAGCUUCACAGUAGGAGGCGUUUUAUUUGAAUAAUCAGAGAAUGCUGCUUUGAGAAUGGAUAGCUGGUUUAUUGGGAAGAACUCGGGGCUGCAGAGGUUAAAGACGGUAGCUCCACGAAGGUCUUCUUCUUCUUCCUCCUUUUUAUUUGUUGGACUGGUAUGUUUGCCAUGUAACUCUCGGAGGCAACAACAACGCUCGUGAAAACGUUAUCACAAAAGACGCACUCGGUCCAAUGGAAUAUUUUAUUCAAAUUCAUGCGUUUCUGAAGAAUAUCUGCACUCGUGGUUUUAAUCCUCGCAGGUUCUGAAAUGUCUUUUUGCUUGUAAACUGGUAAAAUGUUGGGACCCUUUGAGGAGCUGUUUGAAAUUGCUAAUCACAGAGAACCAUGCCCAUGAAAAUUGUUUUUAUUUUCAUUUUUUAUGACAUUUUACAGUAGUAUGUAAUUCCGACAUCUCAGGGGAACCUCCAUGCUGUUUUUUUUACCUUCAAUUUUAUUAGUGGUUGAUUAAAAAUAAAAACACUUUUAUCAGUCUGUCAUCUACAUAACUUCCUUUUUGGUCUGCAAGUUACUUUUGUAAAACUGAGGAAACAACGUCUGUAGAGACAGUUUAUAUUUCCCAUGUCGUCAUUAUUCUUACACUCUGUGUCUGAGACUUGCAGAGACUUUCUGCAGCUUGUGCCUUUCGGGGGGCGCGGCGCGGAGCAUCAGUUACUUUGUGUCUGGCUGCACUGAGCUGCUCCUGGUCUGAUCCCGGGGCACAAUCCCGGAGGAUCUAACCCCUCUAAAUUGAUGGACUGUGCACUGGCUCUUACAGCAAGCAUAGAUGUCAAAAAAAUUAAAAAAAUAAAAAGGCAGCUAGCCUUUUCUUUUCCUCUCUGAAAAAAAAAAAACAUUUCAAGUUGUCUAAAUGGGGGGUUGAAGAAAAGCUCCAGUCUGGAUUCAUUUCAGAAUAUAUGCACUUCUCUCACUAAGCAAUAAACCUUAUGAUGUGGACAGGGAGGCAGCCUGAUGUGGCCCCAGCAGCUGGAUCCACACUGAUCCCAAGCUCCAGCCUAAACCACGGUGGGGGGGGGGGACCGGCCCGUGAGGGUGGAUAGUGAUGUCAGUGCCGUGCAAGCGUGACCUGCUCUCUCAGGUGCUAACCAGCUUUGCUGUGACAAACCACUGCAGGUGGAGCUGCCAGCCACUCUGUUCAAAGAGCCAAAAAAAAUGUUAAGAUUUAUCCCCCACCCCACCCCGCCUCCCCAGAAUACCCGCUCUCAGGCAGAGUCCACCGCUCUCAUACGAUGCUGCAGAGUUUCAAAGAUUUAAGAUGUAAGGGAGAACCUGUAUGAUUGUGCCGUAUCAAAAGCUUCUUCAAUGUUUUCCAGCAUUUUACUACGUCUCAACCAAACCAUUAGGAUGUUUAUAAGGAGGCUGCCCCUCGUUGAUCAGCUGCUUUAUUAAAAGGCAAUAUUCCCUUUCUGGUCAGAAACCAGCAGCAGCAUUAGGUAGACUUUCACUCCCACAGGCAGUAGCUCAACAGCACCUGGGGGGCGGUGACAAAGCUGUUCUCAUGCAGUGUUCAGAAGAAACUAGCAACAUAUCAUGCUUGUGUGGCCCAUGCACUGUUGACCUUAUAAAGUACCCAGUGAUUGGUUUACAUAUAGGAAAUCUGAAGCUUCUUUAUUAUUAUUAUUUCUGGAUGUCUUGAGCAACACAAGACUGUUAAUUGGCUGGUUGGGUUUAUGGGGCCGGUGAUACAAGAGUGCUGACAUUUUCAGUUUGUUCUUUUUAUUGUCUCCUGUGUGUGUGCGUGUGUUUCUAAUUAAUAAAACUACUGAAUGGAA